CACAUCUACAUAACAAAAAUAAGUGUCAAAUCAUAAACAAGUAACUACAAAGUGAAAGAGUCUUUAACUGCGUAAGAAACUAACUCACCAACCAAACAGCUAUGAUCCAGAUUUCCACCAAGAAUAUCAGAGAAGUCCGCGAAAUACUUUUUGGGAACUGCACUUGGAAAAUUAUCAGCUUUUCCAACAAAAGUUGUUGGAAAGAAGCUAAUUUUGUAAGGAUGUGGCGUUGUACGGUAUUCACCAGUUGCAUCGUACACUUUGAACAACUGGAGGACAAUCGCAUCUCCCUCGCGUAGCUUCUCAUCGAAUUUUUUGAUGAGUUGUUCACCAACUGAAGCAUGAAUUCUUGUCCCCUGGUCACAAAAAUGAUAAGAGUUUUAGUCACGCAGAACAAGUAUAUAAACGAUGUUUCCAAAUAAAUCCAUGUUGUGUGAUGUAUACUUACUUCUUUAUCAACAACCACCAUUUCAAUGGUGUUUCCUGAUUCUUUGUUAUAGUUUCUCCACAAGCGAACAAUCCUAACUUCAAUAUGGACGUAUCUUUACGGGGUUUUAAUUCUCUCACUUAAGAAACAAUAUUUUUUUUGGCUCGCACCAUUGCCAUUGUUCUUGUUAGAGCUGAAUGUUUGUAUUUUAACCAUUCGGGUUUCUUAUAUAUAUUAAGCCGAUUUAUUUAUCAUAUUAAUGACCCCUAAUAAAGAUUGAAAUCGUUUAAAGAAAGAUUUUAACUGUGUAUUGUCAUAAAUUGAUUUGCAUAUGAUAUGAUUUUAACUUGCGCAAGUAAUGUAAUAAAUACGAAAACAACUUGCGCAAGUAAUUGAUUGAUAAUAAGGAAAGUUAUUAAUAUGCAAAUUAGUUUACAAUCUUGCACAAAUUAUCUAAUUAUAUGGGCUUAACAUCUAUCAACAAUAUAUUAGGCCUUUUGUAAAUAAGCUAUUCACAUUUUUUCCCAUAAUUAAACUAAAAGCAAACUUGAAAAUCCGAAAACCAACAGACCGGAAACCGCAUGGAAUGAAACUGACUGACUAAAUUAGUAAUGUGAACCUCCAAAUCGAAUAGCAAUUAGCGAUGCAACCGACUAUCGGAAUUAGUAAUGUGAAGCUCUAAAUCGUGCUAAAGAAACAAAAAACCAAACUUGAAAAUCUCAAGAGAGGACUGUCUAAAUGCUUGUUGAGUUAUUAAGGAGAAGAUAAUCUUACAGUCCUGGUUCAGAGACUGAAGUCGAAUGCAAGUUUCUUGAAAAUGUCAGUUGUCUCUUCUUGUUCCAUCAGUAGACAGUCCGCGUAACACAUCUCUGGCCGUGGCAAUUGUCUUGUUUAAGAGAAUCAUGACCUCAAAAGCAAGAAGGUUAAUCAGUCAAUUAGAUACAAAGAUUCUAAAUGUUAAUAAGCAGAUCAUAGUUUAUAGCUUAACAUAUGUCGAAUCCAAUCAGAGAAAUCAAACAAUCUUUGUAUCGUAGCUUAAAAGUCGAAUCCAAUCAGAGAAACUAAAAAAAUCUUCGCCAAUUGUCUUAAAAGUCGAAUUCAAUCAGAGAAACAAAAAAAACCCGUAAAUUCCGAGAGUAUCGACAAACUAUACCUGUCUGGUUAUCGUCGAUGUUCGCGAUGGAUAUGAUUGAAGUAGCAGAGUAGGGAGAACCAAACUCAUCUGGUCGGACUGUCUUCAUUGGAUCGAAACCAUAUAGAACUUCCAUUGAUACGCGAUUGAAAAAAAAAAUUCAUGACAUACGACGGCGUUUUAGUAAACGUGGAGGGGAGUGAAAAAAAUAAAUGAAAAAGAAAAAUUCAAAAAAAACCAGCCAAUAGAAUUAUAACGUUUUUCCUGAGAAACUCUAUAUAAGUGUCACCUCAGCAGAAAUCACUAAAGUGACUUUUCUUUCAAUGUAUAGGAGGAUAUAUUUGUUUUGCUCUGAUAUUUAUAACAGUGGUUAUUGCAGAUUAUCUUUUGGGUUCUAGAGCAAAUUUCUUAGAAGAGAUUUCUUUUGGAUAACUUUAACCAAAAAAAUUAUCUAUUUUUAUGUCGAGAACUUUUAACAUGUAGGCAUUAAAAAUGAUUGUGGUCUUUGGUGAUGCGGAAAAUCACUUUGAUUGUAAAAAAACGUGGAAUACGAUUAUUGUGAUAUCACUAUAUUGGUAACAUCUAACCAAAUUUCGGUAUGGACUUUAUUAUUAAUUUCAAUUGUAGUCGUAUUAAUUAUCAUUAAUUUCAGUUAUAGUCGUAUUGAAAUAAUAUUUUUAAAUGGGUUAGAUUGUUUUUCUUGUUGUGGCUUUCUUGAUACAAUAUAUCAUACUAACUUUAUGUUAGGGCAUGAUUAAUGCAUUUUUUUAGGGACGUCUCUUAGCGAAUAUAAUAGAUGUCCCUUAGCUUUUAAUUAAAGGAAACUAAGAGACGUCUUAUAUUUCUUAUUUAGGAGACGUUUCUUAUAUUCGCUAAUAGACUUUUUAUAAGGCCGUGAUUAACUUCAGUCUCUUAACUAUGAUUUUUAGCUUCGGGUAAAAGACGGUUUUUAGCUUUUAACUAAGAAAAGUUAAGAACCGUCUCUUAAAUAAAAGAUAUAAAAAACUUCUCUUAGCCGAAAAGUGAAAAAAACAAAAAAAAUGUCAAAACAUGAGUUAAAAACCCAAAAUUAGAAACCGAGUUUUUAUGCUCUAAAAUACCAGCAUUAAUCAUGGUCUUACGGUCUUUGAUAGAUUUUUUUUUUUAGCAACACGAUAAUAUUAAAAAAAAAAAGAACUUUUAGAUGAAAAAAAAAUCUCUUUGUAUAUAUAUACUAGUUUCUUCCAUCAAUCAAUCAUUCACACACAAAACCGCUUAGAGAGUGAGAGAGGUGAGAGUUAAGUACUAAUAAUUAAGAAUGAGUUACUGCGAUGGUAAAUGGACGCCUGUAACUAUUAUGAUUACCAUUAAUUCGGCGCUCGGUUUAGGUAAUGCUAUGGUGAAAAAGGUUCUCGAUGGUGGUUUUAAUCAUAUGGUUAUCGCAACAUAUCGGCUCGCUAUUUCUACCGUAUGUUUGGCACCCAUCGCAUUUUUCUGGGAACGGAAAACAAGACCGAAACUGACGCUCAACAUCUUGGUUCAGCUUUUCUUCAGUGCUCUUAUUGGGGCAAGUUUGACUCAAUAUUUCUUCCUAAUGGGGCUAUCGUACACAUCGGCUACGUUAGCAUGCGCCUUUAUUAGCAUGUCACCUGCGGUUACAUUCGUCAUGUCUUUAAUAUUCAGGGUAGAGAAGCUAAACAUAAAAAGCAAAGCAGGUGUAGGGAUGGUGAUGGGCACUUUGAUAUGCAUUGGAGGAGCUUUUAUACUAACAACGUACAAAGGUGUACCCUUGACAAAACUUCACAAACUAGAUCUAUUGACGAACAAUAAACCCGCAUUGAAACCCGAGAAAUGGAUCACCGGAUGUGUGCUUCUCUUCGCGGGUAGUAGCUGCUUCGGGUCGUGGAUGGUAAUACAAUCCAAAGUGAACGACAAAUACCCUUGUCAAUACUCAAGUACUGUUAUAUUAUCUUUCUUCGGUACCAUCCAAUGUGCCCUUUUAAGCCUCAUCAAAUCUAGAGAUAUCAAGGGUUGGAUUCUCACAGAUAAACUAGAUAUCAUGACCAUUAUUUAUGCAGGAGCGGUAGCACAAGGAAUAUGCACGGUGGGAACAUCAUGGUGCAUCAGAAAGAGAGGACCUACAUUUACUUCUGUUUUUACUCCGGUGGGGAUUAUCUUCGCAACCCUAUUUGAUUUCUCGAUCCUUCAUCUUCAAAUUUGUUUGGGAAGUGUUAUUGGAUUUGGGAUUGUGAUCUUCGGACUAUACAUAUUCUUGCUGGGAAAGGUCAAGCAAAUGAAGGGAGAUGGUGCAAAGAAGUUACCUUCUCAUUUUGGCGAAGAAGAAAGGGAAGAUGAUGAACAAUACAAAAAGGGUCAUCUUAUGGUUGUUCCAAUGACUCCUUGAUAUAUAUAAUCAGAAUUUUCUCGUUUGUUCCUCAAUUUGUACAUUUAUGUUUGAAAGUAUCAAUUUCAAACAUCAAAGCCAACCAAGGCUCUUAUCAAUUUGGUUCAAGAAAUUAGCUUUUUGAAUUCUAUGUUAAUCUCAAUAGUUGCAUCAUAAAGAUAUAAACUGAGCCCAUCUAUUGGUGAAUUACAUGGCCAGUGCAUCAAUAGACUAGUCAACCAGUUGCUUCUUCUUUAUCUUUUGGGGCUCACAAGUUGAUGCUUAGUGUAUCUUUUUUUCUGUAUCUACUUUAGUUUAAGUUUGUAUUGAAGUAUUUAUACAUUGAUGUUUUGGUUUAGUUUUUCUCAUACCCACUGAUUAACUUUUAAAUAUCUAUAUGUAUGAUAUUAUCAUUCUAAUUUUAUAUGCUAUUAUAUUCCAAAAUUCUUGUAUUUUCAUUCUACUGUGCCACUAUGCCACCACCUUUUAUAGAAAUAAUAAAGCACUAGUUUUUUGGUGCAACUUAUAGAAAUAAUAAAGCACUGGUUGUAAUAUACAAUUUAUAUACGUAUAUAACUCAGUGCAAAAAAUAUUAGCAUACUACGACAAUGUUUAUUGAUAUAAAUCUAUACUAUUAAAACAUAAGUCAUGACUUCUUUCAUAUGCGAUAUUUAAAAUGGACCUUCAUCUAAAAUUUUUAUCAAAUUUAACAUAAUUUAAUCAUCAUAUCUUUUAAUAUAUUUUAUUUAAAAUAAAAAUAAACAUUGUUUAACAAAAAUCUAAGAAAGUAUUUUUAGAAUCAUUUUAAAUUUCAUUUCGGAAAAUUAAAUAAUUUACGACAUAAUUAUCAUAAAACAUAAUUAGAAUUUCAAAUUAAAUUAAAUUUUGUUUUAUGAACGAAAAUUAAUCAUAUAAAAUAUUUUUAUUAUAUUUUAAUGGUAAUAAAAAUUUUAAUUAAUUAAUUUUCAGAAAUACAUUUUAUAAAUAUCUUAAAAUGAUUUUUUUAGAAAGAAAUAUCCAUUUCUAUUUCAAAUAAAAUAAAAUAAAAAAUGUUAUCCAACUUUGUGUAUUUCAAGAAAUUUAUCAAAUAAGUUUUUAACUACAAAAAAUUCUGCAUGUACAAUAUAUUAUAGUUUUUCUUUAAAAAUAUUUUUUUUGUUUUUUUUAAUAAUAUAUCAAAAUAUUUCUUCUCUAUUAUGUAGGUCCAAUUUAAUUCAACUUCCAUAAACAUUUAAAACUUAGAAAUAAAAUUAAAAAUUAUGUAGAAUAGUAUUGUUACAUAAUAAUGUUCUCAACAUAAUUUUUUUUACAAAAAAUUAUAGUAAUAACAAUAUAAGCUACUUAAAUAAAGGCAUUAUAGAGCUAUAUCAUACAUAUAAAUUAAAUUAUUGUUUUUGUAACUUACGUUAUUAUGCUAAAAAUAAUAUAUAUGGGUCAAGAUCUAGUAAUAUACAUUAUUAUGCUAAAAAUAACCAUCUGGAAUCAGUUUUGAAACUUGGCUAAGUUCUCUUCUUUAAGCUUCAAGUCAUUUCUCAACAUAUCUUGAACUCCUAUGAAAUCUCACAUCUCUUUGAACUUGAUCCUACUCAUUGUUUUAGUCAAGAUAUCAGCUCUAUGUUCAAUCCCUGGCAUAUGCUGCACUUCAAUUAACUCAUUGUCAACACAUUCACGUAUAAAAUGAUAGCGUCGAUGAAUGUGUUUGUUGGGGCCGUGAAACACAUGAUUCUUUGUCAAGGCAAUAGCAGAUUUGUUAUCUAUCUUAAUCGUAACUCUUUCACACUCAAAUCAAGUUACCUCACCAAGUAAUUCAUGCAACAAAAUGACCUGCUUAGCCGCUUCAGGUGCUGCCAUAAAUUCGGCUUCACAAGACGAAAGUGCAACUGUUUCGUGUUUUUGUGAACACCAUGUAAUGGGGCUGCUCGCAAAAUAAAAAAUGUGUCUGGUCGUGCUUCUUCCAUCAUCUUCAUCCACAUUAUGACUACUAUCACUAUAACCAUCAAUAUUUGUUCCAAUCGAUCGCUUGAACUCGAGACCAUAGGUCAUUGUUCCCCGCAAAAAUCUUAAGAUCUGUUUCAACGCUGCAUCAUGUGACUGCUUUGGAGCCUGCACAUAUCUACUCAAAACCCCAACUGUGAAUGAAAGAUCUGGCCGUGUAUGAAUCAGGUACCUAAGACAUCCAAUGUUUCUUCUAUAUUCUCUCUCAUUCACUCCUUUUUUCUCCGACUGCCUUUGAUAGCUGCGUACUUGGAUCCAUCGGUACCUGAGUUGCAUUGCAGUCCUUCAUCCCAGUCUCAGAUAAAAUCCUCAUAGCAUAUCUCUCAUGUCUCAGCGUGAUCCCUUUAUCAUGUUGAACCACCUCAAUGCCAAGAUAAUAAGUUAACUUUCCCAAGUCACUCAUCUCAAAAUUUGCCGCCAUAUUCUUCUUGAACUCGAGUAUACUAUCAUGCUUCGUCCCUGUUAUUAAGAGGAGAUCAUCAUGCUCUUGCUUACAAUAAAGGGCAGGUUCUUUCGAGCACUUUACAAAGUUCAAGCUUCCAAGAACUUUGUUUAAUUUUUCAUUCCAAGCUCUUGGAGCUUAUCUUAAGCCAUAAAGAGCUUUCCUUAACUUAUAUACCUUGUCCACAUUUCCAUUGAUCACGAACCCUUCUGGUUGUGAGACGUAUACCUCUUCCUUCAAGUCUCCAUGGAGAAAUGCUGUUUUGACAUCCAAAUGAUGAAUUUUCCAACCUCUUGAAACUGCCAAAGCAAUCAGAAACCUUACCGUCUCGAUGCGAGCUACAGGUGCAACAAGAACCUCAUCAAAAUCGACACUGUGACGUUGAAUGUAACCCUUUGCUACUAACCUUGCCUUAUAUUUGUUUACACUCCCAUCAGCGUUGCGUUUAACCUUAAAAAAUCACUUAAGACCAAUUGCCUUUGCACCAGCAGGAAGUUCGACCAACUCCCAUGUCUUGUUCUUGACUAUAGACUCAAUCUCGUCCUCACAAGCAUCUCUCCAAACCUUAUUGUCUUUAGCUUCAUUGUUGUCCCAUGGCUCAUCGUUAAUAGACAAGAGAAGUCGCUCACCAUCCAAUUCGGCUAAUAGAAUGUAAUCGUCCAAAUAGGCUGGUUUCUUUCUUUCCCUUGUUGAUCUUCUUAUUGUCUCAUCGUCGUGACCAUUGUCCUCCAUGUUUUCUUCUUCUUCACUGAGAUCAGGUACGUUUGACUUUGCUCCUCUGUAUUAUUAACUUUAUCUUCUUGUUCGAUAGCCUUAUCAUCUCUAUUGACUCCUUUGUUCCCUAAGUCACCGAAGGUAAUGCUAAAACCUCCACGUAUAGUCUCAAUAGUUUCAGUACUGUUCCACUUCCACUUCCUGGUUUUGUCGAAGAUAAUGUCUCUGUUUAUUACCUUGAGUUUUGGUUUCUUGUUCUUGAAGGCUUCGUAUGGGGUUCUCGAGACGAGCACGCGUGUUGCUAUCCUGUUGAUAAGAUAUGUGGCAUGUCUCACAGCUUCUCCCAAAGAUAGUUUAGACAUUCAAUAUGCUUUAAGAUGCUUCUUGUCAUUCCCAACAGAGUCCUACUACGUCUCUCCACCACUCCGUUUUGUUGAGGAGAGUAUGGUGCCGUUAGAUGUCUUGUUAUGCCUGAUGAUUCACAAAAACUUUGAAACUACGUUGACACGAACUCGCCUCCUCGAUCGGUUCUGGAGGUUUUGAUCUUGGUUUGUGUCUCUUGCUCAACUACAGACCUGAAUUUUCCAAACUUCCAAAAUCUUCCCCUUUCUCCUUAAGCAGAAUCGACCACAUGUAUCUCGAAUGAUCAUCUAUGAGCACAAAAAUAUAUCUCUUUUUUGAUGGUGUAGCAGGCGUGAUUGGUCCACAAAGAUCACCAUAGAUUAGAUCGAGUAUCUUAUCGGCGCGAUAUGUAGUUGCUUGUGGGAAUGAAUGUCGACCUUGUUUACCAAGAAAACAUGAUGAACAUGUAUCUUUCUCGAUCAUAAUUUUGGGUAUGCCGGUAACAAAGCUUUCUUUGAUCAUUCUGCUCAUUGAAUCUCUUCCUACAUGUCCAAGCCGGGCGUGCCACAGCCGAAUAACUCAUUACGGCAGUAGCGUGCAGACACUUUGUCUCCACAAUGUCAAUGAGCACCUUGUACAACCGAUUCCUAGAUCUCUUUGCUUUGGUUAUUAACUUUCCAUCUUUAUCUUUAAGAAUAAAGAUAGUCAUCCUUCAUUCUAACAUCACAGCCAGCCUCUGUAGCUUGUCCAAGACUAAUUAUAUAACUCUUAUGAUCUGGUAUGUAAUACACAUUAGCCAAGAUUUUGUUCCCUCCGUCCUUGGUGCAAAACAGAACAGAGCCUUUCCAUUUUAUAUCUAUGCGAGAGUCAUCUCCAAACCGCACCUUCCCGGUGAUUGACUCGUCGAUGGCUUUGAAGUAGUUUAGAUUUCCUGUCAUGUGGUUACUUGCGCCAUUGUCUAGGUACCAAACGUUGUCUAGACUCGUCUCAAAUUUUUUUGGAUUGACGUUUCUUUCGUUUAAGUAUAUGCUUCAUUGACCAUCAACUCUUGCGUGUCAUUCUCUUUAGUCUCAGUUACUUCCUGUAACUUCAGUAGCCGGUCGGGACAUGUAACUGCGAAGUGACCGUUUUUAUCACAGCGGUAGCAAGUAAUCUUUGAGAGAUCCACAUCACCUUGAUAUCGAUCAUUGUAGCGUCCACACCCUCUGCCUCUGUUGUAAUAUCUUCCUCCUCUUCCCCGACCUCUGUAGUAGCCAUGAUAAUCCCGGUUUGAGUUCGAAGAUGAAGAUUGAUUCUCCAUGCUCGCAUACAUUAGUUUUUGGUUGUCUUGCGAUUUUUCUUCUUCAUCUACAAUACGUUCCUCAUAUGCUUUCAAGCGCCCAAUGAUAUCUUCGAAGCUCGUGGUCCUUAAGUCAAGAACCUGUUCUAGAGAAGCCACAAUGUGUAUGUACUUCUUCCUAGGGAGGGUGGAUAGAAAUUUCUUAACCAGCUUAGAUUCCUCACUAGUUUCUCCUAGUGCAGCAGAUUUGGAUGAAAUUUCGGAUAGUUUUCCCACAAAGUCAUCAAUCUUAUCAGCAUCCUUCAUCUUCAAUCUUUCGAACUCAGUCAUUAGGGUUUGGAGUCGAGCUUCCCGAACUUGGUAUGCUCCCAUAUUACGCGAUUUUAUUGCCUCACAUACUUCUUCUGCUGUUUUCAGUUCGCCAACCUGCAAUAUCAAUGUCUCUGGUAUGGAUUGAAACAACAAAGUGGUCGCCAUAUCAUUCUCCUCUACAUCAGUAGUUUCUUGCUCAAUAACUUCUCAUACGUUGUUCACCUUUAGCAAGACUUUAAUCCUUAUUUCCCAAACUGUAUAAUUGGUUGAGUUGAGCAUAGAGCAACUAAUAGAAAAAGGUCCGCCCUCUUUUCCUCUUGUCGAGGUCGUCGUCGUCGUGAUAUCACCCAUAGCUUACGUUUGGUUCCACAAGCACGAUCAUCUCCUAGAAGCUCUGAUACCAACUGAAGAAUGUCGAGCAUAUAAACUCAAAUAACAAGACUCUCUCUUAUUAUUAACUUGAGAAAAUCACUCAAAAUUGAAGUUCCUCACAAUCUCAAAUCUCAUAAGUUAUGCAACAUCCUUGCAUCUUCUUAUAUAUAAAACUAAAUUUACUAAAUUCAUUAGGUAUAACACAUAAACGGAUAACUUCCUUAUUUAGAUAUAGUUAGAUUGCUUGCUCUUCAAGCUUACUCCAACAUAACCAUCAUCAAUAGACAACAUUUUAGAGACCUUUUGUAAAGCCAUGUUGUCCCUAUAUUUCACAAAAACAUCCGAAAUGGAAUAAAAAUAGUUUUUUUUUAAUACAAAGCAAACCUAUCAAGCGUUUCGAUGGUUUAUCCCCUACACAAGCUAGCAACAUUAAAAUCGAAAAUGGAUUAAUAUAGUUUUUGUCUGAAAAUAGAUAAUGCAUUGUCUGGUAAUGUAUUUUAAAUUUCCUCUCCCCAUGUAAAAAGUUUGUUUACACAUAAAAUUAUUAAAUUAGCUUUUAGUUAAUAGUAUCUGAAUUCCAAUUUUUUUUUCAACUCCAUAUAAAAGUAUCUAAUUUUGAUGAUAUUUUCCUCAUUUGGAAACAUGGGAAAGAUGAAUUUCCAAUGUAUCAAUUUAAACAACCAAGAUUUAGAAUAAAUUGUAACUUGCUUAUCAGAAAGUGCUUUCAUAUAGGAAUAAAUGUGAUUUUUUUUUACAACGAACGGCUAUUCUAUUAUUCAAACUUGAGGUGGUCUAGGUAACCAGAACGACUAUUUACUUUUUCUAUACUUUCACCUUCCCGUUAUCCCAAAAUUAUAUCAAAAUUCAAACAUAGAGUUAUUGUGUCUUUCUAUAUAUUCACCUUCUGGUGAUCGCAAAAUUAUAUCAAAAUUCAAACAUAGAGUUACUGUGUCUUUCUAUAUUUUCACCUUCUGGUGAUCUCGAAAUGCUGUGUAAAGCACGCAUAUGUCUAGAAUUAGAAAAUUGAGUAAAUUAAUAGAGAGCAUAAUUUUGUUUUGUAUUUGACAAACUAACUUACUCUUUUUUUUAUCAUCAACUUAUACACACUCAUACUGACUCUGUAAACCAAACCGGGAGAUCUGCAUCCAUGUGAACGACGAAAGACAGUUGCUUCUUGACACUGCGUGCUAGGCCAUCCGCCUUUGAAUUUUGCAUCCUUGGUACAUAAAUGAUCUCUGAUCUGAGGAAACUUCUUUUCAAGGUCUUGAUAUCUUCCAAAUAAAUUGCAAAAGCUGGCCAUUCUUUUGGUUUCAAAACCAUCAUCUCCAGUUAAGAAUAAUUCGUUGAACGUAACCUGAAACUGUUGUAAAUUUCUCAUACAUUUCAUUGUUCAUAGUAGCGCUUUCAUCUCCAUUUGAAGAGGAGAUAAACUAGCCCUAAACAUUUCUCGCCCCAUCAGUACAUCAAAACCCGCUAGAGUACUGAAUUUACGGCAAUUAACAAUAAGUAUGAUAUCAAGAUCUUACUUACUCAAAGUUAGCAAAUAUAUCAAGAUAGCCCUAUUCAAAAUAUAAGAAAUUAUUUAUACAUUUAAAGUAAAGAUACAAGUAAUAAUUAUGAUAUAUCUCUAUAAUAUUAUUGUGAAGUUCACUCACAUUAAUUCGUACGAUGGUUAUUUACAGGGGUGCCCAUAAUGAAUUAAAAAUAUUAAAUUUAAAUAUUAUUAUUAACUUUUUUUAAGUUUUCAUUUUAAUUUUUCCCAAUAACAUAUAUAAUAAAAAUGAAACAUUUAUAAAUUUUAAAAAAUUAAUAUAAAAACGAAAAUAUACAUAUAUAUAUAUAAUAUGAUUUCAUUAAAAAAGAAAGUUCACAAAAUAGUAAUAUUGUGUUUAAAACAUAUUUUCUACAGAGAAAAUAUAUUUCAAAGUAACAAAAAUACUUUCUUUAUAUCUAUAUUUUUAAUAUGAAAACAAAAAUAUAUUUUUACAUAAUGUGAUUUCAUAAAACAAAGUUCACAAAGAUAAUCUUGAUAGUAAAAAAUAAAUAUAACUUUUUAAAACAUAUUUAUAAAAUAUAAAAUACAAAUAUUUUCAAAGUAAUAGAAAUAUUUUCUUUAUAUAUAUAUUUUCUUAUAUGAUUACAUAAAAUAAUUAAUAACAUAAACCAAUUUUUGUUUAAUUGACUAAACAUAGUUUAUAAUUAUUAUUAUUGAAAUAUUUUUUUCAUAAUAUUUAGCUCACUAUAAUAUCUUACAAUUACAGCAAAAACACACCCAUAAAUUAUAUUUUACUUAUGUAAUAUGAUUUCACAAAAGUAAUACAAUUUUAGUUCUGAUUUUUAAGAGAUAUUGAAAAUGGAACCUAUUUUUUUUAAUAAGCAUAUUUUGAUCAAAUAAUU